AUUUUUUAAAUAUGGUGGACAAUGUUUUUGAAAUAAAUGUUUUCAACACCAGAAUAUGGCCAUGUUUAUACAUACGAGGAUGUGUAUGAACCGAGCGAAGACAGCUUUUUAUUGCUCGAUGCCCUUGAAAAGGAUUCUGAGUUUCUUUUGAGUUUAAAGUAAGUACACAGAUGCAUUGCUCGCGGAUACCGUCGUUGGCAUCUAGUCAUGAACACUUGCAAAUUACCCAAAUAUGAAACAUGAUUGGUUGAUCAGAUUUCAAAUUUAUCAGAUGCACUUGACAAACAUAAAAGUUUGACAUGAGAUUCUUAACAAUGUUUUUAUCUGCGACUGUUUGUCUCUAGAUGCAAACAAUAGUUUUCAGCAUUAUUUAAGAUUCCACCAUUUCAGAAGUGUGAACUAUAUUCAGUUUGUUUUAUGACAUACCAUCCAUUUUUUCAAGGCCAAGUGUUUGUUUGGAGGUCGGAAGUGGAAGUGGAAUCGUUGUCACAUUUUUGGCGUCGAUACUUGGAGAACAUGUACACUAUGUGUAUGGAAAGUUUUGUUUGGUUAAUCUGCACCUAACACCUGCAAAACUAUGCCACCAACUUGGCAACUUAAACCACCUGUGGUUAGGUUCAGAUUACAGGGCUUCUAGAUUAAAACAACAAUUGCAGUUAAAAGUUUAGUUUAUAAGUUAGGAAUAGAGUUAAGGUAUGUUUACACUCGUAUUCUAGGGUAUGCAAUCAAGUAACCAUGCGUAUGCAUUUAUUUUCUUUUACAUUUCAAAUUUUGCCAUAAACUAAAUGAAGAGGAAUUGUGGCGUUAAUUUUCACUAAUUUUCAUACUCUAGAAUACGAAUCGUGGCCAACGAAUUUGCAGCGUGUAAAGUAGUAAAACGUACCUUCAGGAUAUGGAUCAUGAGUAAAAUAAAGCAGGGUGUGUGCAUUAGAGUGCAUUGCCACUUAAAGGGUUAAAAUUAGGGUUAAAAUUAGGGUUAGAAUUAUGAUUACUACAUUUAAUUACUAGAGUCAAAUAAGAGUUCAGUUGUGUUUGAAAUUUGGAUUAAGCUUUGAUUUUGGGAUUUAUAGCAUAACCUAAAGGAAAAUCAUAGGUAAGCAUUUGGAUUUGGUUUGGGGAUAACAUACCAGACGUUUCCAUGUAUUUCUAGUGCAACAGACAUCAAUCCAAAUGCUUGUAUUUGUACUCAAGAAACUGCUCAGAAAAAUGGAGUAACUGUCAGUGUACUCAACACAAACAUGGUAUGCGUUUGUACUUGAAAAAUACCUGUAGCCCAGAUCAAACUCCUGAUUGUGAAGAUAUCUAGUUAUCUACUUUCUAUAGAUUGAUGGUUGCAGAUUUUCUCAGGACUGCAAAGUUGAUGUAUUAAUGUUUAAUCCUCCUUAUGUUGUCACACCUUCACACGAGGUACGAAUUACUUAUACUAUUUGAACUUUGAAGAUCUGUUUGCAUCAAAAAUAAUCAUUGAGAUGUUUCUUUUAGAUAUCAGAUCGUGGAAUUUCCGCAGCUUGGGCUGGAGGAAGGCAUGGGAGAGAGGUACAGUUGAAGAAUGUUGGACCUCUUUAACACAUCAACAGUUUGCUGUUUCUUUGGUCAAACGAGAACAAGAGUUGCACGAGAGUUGAGAAGCAAGAGUUUGCAUGAGAGUUUUCUCAACUUUCAUGUCUUGGUCAAACGAGAACAAGAGUUGCACGAGAGUUGAGAAGCAAGAGUUUGCAUCAGAGUUUUCUCAACUCUCAUGCCCUGGUCAAACAAGAACAAGAGUUGCAUGAGUUGAGAAGCGAGAGUUUGCAUCAGAGUUUUCUCAACUCUCAUGCCCUGGUCAAACGAGAACAAGAGUUGCACGAGAUUUGAUAAGAGUUGACUGGUGGUCACUCAAACACGAGCUGUCUGUGUUGUUUAAUUAUCACAUUACAAUACAAAGUAACGUAAGUCGGGGAUUUUUUCUCAUGAAAGUAGUAUUUUUUAUGAUUUUCUUUUAUUUUCUCCUAUAGAUUAUGGAUAAAAUAUUUCCGAUUGUUCCAAACAUAUUGUCAGAAAAUGGAGUAUUUUAUUUACUGGUUUUGGAGGAGAAUAAACCAGGUAGAAUAUUAAACAAGACGGAGACAAAAUUUUUACAUGACAUUUUUUCUUUGGAACGGACAAAUGAACGAUGUGUAAUUGUGUAUAAAUAAUAUACGGUAGCCUACUAGGCAAUUAUCAGCGAAUAAUCGGACAUAAUUUGUUCCUAGAACCAUGAGAUAGCCAGGAGAUAUAAACAGCAAUAUUGCUUGCAGACUUGUGGCUCAGGAAGGAUUGUAGCCUGUGUAGCAGGCGUUUAGUAGAAGGUUCGUUUUGUGUUAACAUUGAGGCGUUUUAUUUUUUCCCUCUAGAUGAAAUUCGCGACAUUAUGUCAUCCUAUAGUUUGGUCACCACGACAGUUCUGAGACGAAGGGCUAGGAAUGAAAAUUUGAGUGUAUUAAGAAUUGCUCGUCGCUAGUAAAUAAUGACAAAUUCGUUGCUCAGAGGCAGUACCCUAUAAAUGAUGGAAUCACAUCACAAAUCUGACAUAUAUAUCUAUGUGGUUGUAAAACGUUUCAAAACUACCGACCACAAUGCAUUCCGAUCCCACGAUGGCGUUGUCGAAUAGGUCCAUUAACGCAUUCUCGUUCCCAGGUUUCGCUCCAUUCAUAGGAUUUUGAAAC